AAAGGACAAGGGCGGCGGCGGCGGCGGCGGCGGCGGCGAUGGGUGGCGUCUUCUUCACUACCGUCGGCCGCCCAUGAAACUCAAACCCUACAACUUCAUCCUCUCUCUCUUCCCCACCUCCAAAACCCCUCCGAAAUCCUCCAUGGCCGCCUCUUCUCUCUCUCAAACCUCCACCAGUUUCCACACCUCUGCCCCUCCAGAGCCGCCCCAAGACCUCGACGACCUCCUCAGCUCCGACCCACGAUCCCAGGAACGUGAACCGACGCAAUCUCACCCUUCGUCGGUAGACGAUGCUUCGCCGUUUUCCAAUGGGGAGCCGAGCCGGUGCUUGGGCGCCUGGUCGAGGGCAGAGCGCGCCUGGGCUCACUGGGCGAAGCUCGGCCGACCGAAGCUGAUAGUGGCUCCGAUGGUGGACAACUCUGAGCUCCCGUUCCGGAUGCUGUGUCGCAAGUAUGGCGCCGAGGCGGCCUACACGCCUAUGCUCCAUUCCAGGAUCUUCACCGAGAAUGAGAAGUACAGGAGAAUGGAGUUCACUACCUGCAAGGAGGAUCGCCCAUUAUUUGUUCAAUUCUGUGCCAAUGAUCCAGACACUUUGUUGGAAGCUGCACAAAGAGUGGAACCUUAUUGUGAUUAUGUUGAUAUAAAUUUGGGGUGCCCUCAGCGUAUUGCUAGGCGAGGAAACUACGGGGCAUUUUUGAUGGAUAACCUUCCUUUGGUAAAAUCCCUAGUACAGAAGCUAGCCGUCAACUUGAAUGUCCCGGUUUCUUGUAAAAUCAGAGUCUUCCCAAAAUUGGAGGAUACACUUACCUAUGCCAGGAUGCUAGAGGAAGCUGGAUGUUCUCUUUUAGCUGUCCAUGGACGAACAAGAGAUGAGAAAGAUGGGAAGAAAAUUCGUGCUGAUUGGUCGGCAAUAAAGGCUGUAAAAAACGCUCUAAGCAUACCAGUCCUCGCCAAUGGAAACAUACGGCACAUGGAUGAUGUAGAGACCUGCUUAAAAGAAACCGGUGCUGAUGGCGUGCUUUCAGCAGAGUCUCUCCUAGAGAAUCCAGCUGUCUUUGCGGGGUUUCGAACUGCUGACUGGAUAGUUGGAAGUGAAGAAAGCCACAAAGAUGGACAGCUGGACCAGGCAGAGUUACUGGUGGAGUAUCUCAAGUUUUGCGAAAAAUACCCUGUCCCGUGGAGGAUGAUUCGUUCUCACAUGCACAAGAUGCUGGGAGAUUGGUUCAGGAUUCAUCCGCAGGUGAGAGAUGAGCUCAAUGCACAAUCCAUACUGACCUUUGAGUUUCUUUACGGUCUGGUUGAUAAGCUUAGGAACUUGGGACUAAGAAUCCCAUUAUAUGUUAAAGACAUGGAUCCAAUCCCAUUAUAUGUUAAAGACGCGGAUGUUGAAAGGAUCUCAGCCAAUGGUUCUGCCACUUAAUCAUAUUUUUACAUUUUAAGCAGCAGCAGGCACCAAAGUUGGGCCUGGUUUAUUAAGUUUACUGUAGUGUUGUCUAUGUCUGAUUCUUUUUGUGCUAUGCUGGCCAAAAUGUUUUUCAAGGUCACUAGCACAUGGAAAAUAGAGAUCCCUCUUUCUCACAGUGAAGUGAACAUGUUAUGUGGAGGAAGUUUUGUUGUGGGAUAUCUUACUGAGAACGUCUUGACUUGCGACCAUAGUGUUUAUUGUUCAGUUGAA